AUGCUAUUCAGUUAUACUGAAAUUCAGCGAUCUGAUGCUGGUAAUGCAUUGGAUGAUGAAGAAAUUCCUAUGGAAAUGGACCUUACCGCUGACGGGCCACCUAUUUCUGAUGAUGAAACCACCGAUAUGAAUAAGCCAAUGGACCGACAAUCGCAGAUUCUUAUGUAUGCUAAAAUGAUACUUCCACAUGUUGGUUUGGUGAUCCUUUUAAUUGUAUAUUUAUUAAUUGGUGCAACGGUGUUUCAUUAUCUUGAAGGACCGAAUGAAAUAUUGACAAGAAAUCAAGAAUUAAACACGAUAUUCGAACUUCGUAAUAACUUUCAUGAAGUCGUCUGGAACAUAACUGUUGCUGGUGAUAGUUAUAUCUCUCGAGAAACUUUUGAUGGCCUUGGACAACAAUACUUCGACGCAUUAGUAGUUGCAAUAUUUCAAGCUUACCGCAAUCAGUUUAUCAAUGAAAACCACCUCUUAAAUCGAACCACUGAUAACGAUACGUUAUGGACUUAUGCAAACAGCAUUUUUUUUGCCACAACUGUUAUCACAACAAUCGGCUAUGGAAAUCUAGUGCCAGCAACAAAAUUUGGGCGAAUUGCUUGUAUAUGUUUUGCUUUAUUUGGUAUUCCACUUCUAUUAGUGACCAUUGCUGACAUUGGUAAAUUCCUAUCCGACUUUUUAUGUUUCUUAUAUCGCACUUAUAGAGCUUUUAAAAGAAAGGUUCGCAAGCAUUCUCGAAGAAUAUCCCAUCAUGUUCGAGAUCGAUCCACUCCACAGCACAGUAAUUCAUCAUCUAAGGCUGGGAGCAUGAAUCUCGAUGAUAUUGGCAGCGAGACAGAAUCCAGUUGCCAAGAUGAAUUGCGAAUUCCAGUUGUAAUGGUUUUAUUUGUACUAGUUGCAUAUACUGCAAUAGGCGGAUUACUAUUUCGCAUGUGGGAAGGAUGGGCUUAUUUCGACGCUUUUUACUUUUGCUUUAUAACUAUGGCUACUGUCGGUUUCGGUGAUAUUGUACCGACAGAGCAAGUUUAUAUGUUUUUCACUAUGGCUUAUAUAAUUUUUGGGCUAGCAUUAGCCACAAUGUGCAUCGAUCUUGCAGGAACAGAAUAUAUUCGUAAGAUACAUUAUUUGGGCACGAAAAUGGAAGACGCAAAAGGAGCAGUAAUAUCCGGUUUGCAAGUCGGAGAACAUCUUUUAAAACAUACUGGUAUUGAAGUGAUCCGUACUGCAAGUGGUAAAUUAGUUCAAGUUAGAGGAGCUGUUUUGAAUUCGAAACAAGCGCGAGAACUUGGUGUGGACUAUAUUUUGGCCGAUCUUGAUUAUCAACAAAAAAACAUUUUAUAUGAACCGCUUAGUCAGGCUGUUCAACGACUUAUUAAAAGCAAUAAUAUUAAAAUCUUGCCGGAUGAUAUAACUGAAAAAGAUGGAUAUAUUGUACAGAAUAAAAGCUAUGAUAAACCAGGAAACAAGUUAUAUCGAACGUUUCGACGAAAACCUAAUUAUAUUCAAAGGCUCAUUGUGCCAUCCGAUGGCAAAGUUACCGUUGUCAUACCAUUCAUGCUGAAAGAAUCUCAUGUCUGA